AUGGCUAACCUGAUUCUUUUGCAGUGCGAUACAUUGGAUCAGAUUGAUCACACUAUUGAUUUGAACAAACAGUAUCGAAUCAUUCUAUCUUGCCAACGAAAGCACACUCAUGAGAUAAAGCAUCUUUUCACUAGUCGUUACGUAUGGGCAGUUUAUAUUCUAGGUCAAUACAAUGCUGAAAAUGUUAAAGUUCGCACAGUGGAUGGAAAUGAACGAGACUUGAUGUGGUAUCUUAUGAAUCAUGAAACGGACUAUCUCAAUGAACAAGAAAUGAAGCUUCGCGAUCAAGGUGAUAUGUUUGCAGCUAAUGUACUAAGCAAUGAAAAGAUGUCGUUUUCAUGUACUUUACUGUUCUACGAUCCAGACGAAAAGCAUUCUGAAUUAUCAGUCGAGCAAAGCGUUCAAAUCUUUCGUGAUUUAAACAAAUUAUAUCGCUCACUUUUACCCAAUGGACAAAUUUACUAUGUUCUCUGUUUAUGCUGUAACGACUUAUCCGCGAUGAUUAAACAAGUUAAGGAAUUAGAUAACGUAGUUGCAAUCUGGUCCUGUAAAGAACAUUGUGGUUCUGAAAAUAAUCUUACGUUCAAUGCGAAAGUGCGCGGCGACCUUUAUUUUCAUCCCGAUGGGUAUCGUCGUUACCGUUGGUUGUAUGAUGCUCACAAGAUUCUAUUCGAAGCAUAUCGACGCAGCAAAAAUAAGUGUGAAUACGAGAAAGAGAAAGAGAUACUAAAAGAAAUCAAGCGACAAUCAUCUUUGGAAUCGCAGAGUUCAGUACAAUCUACUGAUCGAUCAGAUGCAGAGAACACAGAUGACAUAGCUUUUGGCUAUGAAGCAGUUGACUAA